GUUGUGGGCUCUAUUACUGCCUUGGCAGGUGAUGCUGUAUCUCACACGGGGCUUGAAGAGCCUCCCUACUUAUCUGGUUAUAAUUAUACCGUGCUGACCUGGUUUCAGCACCGCGGCUCGCUAACAGCUCCAGAGCCCCGGCGGAGAAUCGUUCAGCCCCCCCACCUCCUCCCCGCCCGGUGCGUCUCACACAGCGGGUAACCAGGGCGCAGCCUCCGCGAACAGUUUCAGCACCAGCGGCGCGGAGCUGUCCACGCAUUCAGCACUUUGCUUCUCCUGCUGGAGGUUGAAACAAACACCACAAAGAAGCAAAGGGUAGCGUUAAGGCUCGCUUCCCCCCUGGACAAACCGAGACGCCGUAUUUCAGGAUGGCGUCCAAAUACGCUGGCCUCUUCGUCCUUUUCCAGCUUCUAGCCCUGAGUGUAGUGAGCCAGAUAUCUGCCUUCCCCACACCUACAGCAGCCUCUACGGAUGAUAAACCCGUCUACAAUAGACAGUUGACAGAAGAAAGACCAGUACAAGAGCAGAUUGCUGAGGCGGAUAGCGUAAAGGCUGCAGUACAGUCAGCUGAGAGCAGGCGUCCCUCUUCCACCAAGGACUCCGAGUCCCAGCAGGACCUUGAUGAUUUAACCGUGCUGAAGUCACUAGCUGAUGAGCAGAAAUCAAAAGAGUCCACUGAGGUGCCAAUCAAGAAGGACAUGCAGUAUGUUCCAGAUGAAUCUGACUCGACCAAGAGCCGACGUCUGGCUGAGGACUACGACUCCACCAAAAACGGGAUGGACUAUGGCAAGUACCAGGAUGACCCAGAAAGCUUCCGUCAAGUGGACGGCACUCCGCUGACAGCAGAGGACAUUGUCCAGAAGAUCGCAAACAAAAUCUAUGAGGAAGACGACAGAGGGGUGUUUGACAGAAUCGUCUCCAAACUACUCAAACUGGGGCUGAUCACAGACAGUCAGGCAGAAACUCUUGAGUACCAGGUGGCCGAGGCUCUGCAGGAUCUCAUCACCAAAAAUGCCAAGAACAAUGAGAUUGAGGACAUUGAGAGCAAUGACCAAGAAACCAGAGGGGAGCAGGAUGACAAGGGUUCAGACACAAACUUGGACACAUGGGAGCCACCCAGGCGCCGCUACAACGACGAGGAGGAAGAGGAGGAGAAUGAUGAUGUGGUUGAGGACGAGGUGGACAGAGACGCAGAGGAAGAGGAGGGUGACACGGGAGACAACACGUGGGACAAAGAUACUGAGGAGGGCAACGAGGUGAGACCUGAAGAUGGGCUCCAGGACCUGCAGUACUUCCCCAAUUUCUACCGUCUGCUCAGGAGCCUUGACUCAGAACAAGACACUCAGGAGAGAGAGACAUUGAUCACCAUCAUGAAGACGCUGAUUGACUUUGUGAAGAUGAUGGUCAAGUAUGGCACCAUAACGCCUGAGGAGGGCGUGUCUUAUCUAGAGAACCUGGAUGCGAUGAUAGCCAUGCAGACCAAGAACAAGCUCGGCAAGUCCCUCGGACCUCCUGACGUCCCUGGACCCAACGGAAAAAUCUUGGAUGAGGACGACAACACCAAGGCCGAGGCUGCCAAGAUGCAGAAGGAGUACGAGAACCUCAAAGACUCUACCAAGGAGGAGCAGCCAUCAACUGAGACCAAUCAACCUGGCAAGUCGGAGACAUAUCUGGAGGCCAUCAGGAAGAACAUUGAGUGGCUGAAGAAACACGACAAAGAAGAAGGCAAAGAUGAUUAUGAUCUGUCCAAGCUGAAGGACUUCAUGGACCAGCAGGUCGACUCGUACAUCGAGAAGGGCAUCAUCGCUAAGGACGAGGGCGACACCAUUAAGAGGAUCUACAGCAGUCUGUAAUGCCAUUGUCUCCCCUGAAUACAGGACUGAAUCUGAUUUUAAGAACUCCAAACCAAACCCUGAUUACUCAACAGUUAUUUCCUAUGGCAUGGUGAAAGUAUAUACUGUGUAUUCAAAUCUACCUGCUAAGGGGAACUCAUCGACCCUCCCAGACAUUCCCAAAAUGUAUCAAGAGAAGAGAUUUAAUUAAACUCAAAACAAAACAAUAGAAUUAUUCUACAGCUACCUAACUGAUAGUAUAUGCACGCCAGGUUUGCAGUGUGAUAAUAAAUAAUACAUCCUUAUUAAGAGUAAAUCAAACUAUUUUAUUAACCAACUCAACACUUAAAUGCUACCAUUUACUCCAACCUGACUCCUGUGGGAAAUGAAUGUUAUGAGAGUAUGAUGCUGUAGCUUCAGUGUUUCCAAUUCAUUCUGUGCUACAAAAAAAACACAUAUAUCAAAAUGUACUCAUUCUGUGUAACCUCUCUUAGCCUAUUAUAUUUCUUUUUUUUCUCCUCCAGUAUAUAUGUAAGAUCUUUAUGUAUCUCUUGCUUUUUAUUUUACCAAAAAAAUAUAUUUGUCUUGUUCCAUGUCGUUGCCCUGCAAACUCCUGUAAUCAGUUCUGCUGUAAUUCUUCUGGGGGCCCGCUAGGGGGCAGUGUCUGUACCAUCCACUCUCUCUCUGCAUGUCUCUGUGAGUUCAUUUCCAUCUCUGUAGAGCCAGAAGAUAAGUAUUUUUAAAUGUAAAUAUUUGUGACUUUUUCCUAAAGUUAAAAAGCAAUUAAAACAUUGCCUUUU